AUGUCUCUCUCGUUAGAGCAGGUCGCAGCUCACCAAGACGUCAGCUCUUGCUGGAUCAUCAUCAACGGCAAGGUCUACGAUGUGACAGAGUUCUUAUCUGAACAUCCAGGGGGACGGAAGGUCCUCCUUCAGUACGCCGGUAAAGACGCUACUCAGGCCUAUGAACCCAUCCAUCCGCCGGGUACCAUUGAGAAAACUUUGUCUGCCGACAAGUGCCUUGGUGAAAUCAGCUCAGAGGCUCAACAUGCUCUUGACUCUGCUCGCAACCUGAAGAAGAAGACCGUAGAUGAGAGGCGCGUUGAAAACGCGUUGAGAGCGCGGCCUAGCAUAGACCGCAUGCUCAGUCUCUUCGACUUGGAGAACGUCGCCAGACAAGUUCUCACACACAAAGCUCUGUCUUAUUACAGCUCUGCGGCAGACGAUGAGAUUACGUAUCAUGAGAACGCCCGCGCUUUCGCGAGAUUCUUCUUCCAUCCGCGGGUGAUGCGUGCUGUCUCUCGGUGUGAUCCAUCAAGCACCAUUCUAGGCUUCAAGUCUUCGAUACCUGUCUUCGUCUCCGGCGCGGCUCUGGCACGUUUGGGGCAUCCUGACGGCGAACUGAACAUUACUCGCGGCGCGUACAAGACCGGCAUAAUACAAAUGGUUUCGUCGAAUGCAUCAUUUUCCUCGGAACAGAUCGCCAGCGCCCGUGGCUCGCCUGAUCAGCCACUCUUCUUCCAAUUCUACAAGCACAAAGACGACAAGAUCGCGGAGAAACGCAUCAAAGACAUAGAGGCACAAGGUUACAAAGCUAUAUUCUUGACCGUUGACGCCAUUGUCGCCGGUAACCGGGAACGCGACAACCGUGCCCCUUUCGAGAUCGAGGAUAUGGAAAGUGCAGCAGCUGAGAAUGACAGCACACAUCUCGAGCACGACAGCAGCGCCGUCGCUAUCGCAGAAGGCGGAGGUCACGCAGGUGCGCUUUUGGCAUCCGAUGAUGUAGACAUGACUUGGGAGAAGACCAUUCCUUGGCUCAGAAGCAUCACGAGGCUACCUAUCGUCCUGAAAGGCAUUCAAUAUGUGGAGGACGCUAUUUUGGCAGCUGACGCGCGUGUCGACGGCAUUAUGAUAUCAAAUCACGGAGGUAGACAGCUGGAGUAUGCCCUGCCACCCAUCGAGGUACUGUACAAGCUGCGAAAGCAACAUCCAGAUGUUUUUACUAAGCUGGAGGUGUACCUUGACGGUGGAGUGAGGAGGGGAACUGACGUUAUCAAAGCGCUGUGCCUUGGUGCUAAAGCUGUUGGCAUGGGGCGUCCCUUCUUGUACGCGCAGUCCGCCUAUGGCGAAGAGGGAGUCGUGAGAGCCGUCCGGAUCCUUGAGCGGGAAAUGCUCACUGGCAUGCGUCUGAUGGGAGUGGCCAGCGUCUCUGAGCUGAGACCGGAACUGGUUGAACGCGUAGACUGGCAACCGACGGCGCGUUUGUGA